AUGGAUUUUCCUUUUUUUUUUUUUUUUUUGGUAGCUUUUUAUUGUGAUAGGCAACGAAAGGUCCAAUAGCUUUUGGGAAGGUAACCUCCAACCAGAUGAAAAAUUACAAAUGGAUGCCCCGGCUGAUAAGAGGCUAACUUUUAUUACCCAAAAAUACAAAGAAGGGAGAUUCAGAAAAAUCACGCUGCUGUCUAAAACCAAGGAUGAGUUAAAUAAGGCGCUGUGUGCUGCAGUUAUUAAGCCGGAUGUCUUGGAGACCAUGAUGUUGCUGUUCAGUGGAGCUGACGUGAUGUGCGCCACGGGUGAUCCUGUGUUCAGCACCCCAUAUUUGUUAGCCAAAAAAUCUGGACAGAGAUUGCAAAUGGAAUUCCUCCACCACAAUAAGUUUUCAGAUUUUUCCCACUGUGAUGACCGCACCAACACUACUUCCUCUCCUGAUUCACCCUCACCAUCCUUUCUUUAUGAUAAUUUAUACAUGGUUUCCAUCAACCCUUCCAAGCUGUCUAGUGAAAGAAAAAUUAAGGAAGAGUGCAGUAAGAGAUGGUGCGUGUUGGAAAGCGGCUUUUUGAGUUACUAUGAGAAUGAGAAGAUGGCCACCCCAAAUGGGACGUUGGACAUCGGUGAAGUCAUCUGUCUUGUCAUUCAUAAGUCGGAAGACACCUUACCCAUGGGAGCGAUGUUUACUUUUGAAGUCUACUUACUGUCAGAACGUGCCUUUCUCUUCGGAGCCGACACGGCGAAUUCUCAACGAAAAUGGACUCGGGCAAUUGCUAAGCACUUCGUACCUGAAUUGGCCAGAGGUCUUCAUGAAAGAGAAAUUGAUGUCAUUGGCCAGUUGUUCUACAAGGAUUGCCAGGACUUGGAUAAUUGGAAAAAAGGCUGGUUUGCUUUAGAGAAGACCAGCUUGUAUUUUUGCCUCGAACUGGAAAAUUCGCAAGAGAAUUCAAUGCAUCUAAGGCGGCUCCAGGAGUUAACGAUCAGCAGCUGCAUCCAAAAUGGAGAAAAAACAGAUGUUCUGCUACUGGUCGAGAAAGGAAGAACCUUAUACAUCCGUGGCCACACCAGGUUGGAUUUCACCGUCUGGCAUAGUGCCAUUGAAAAAGCAGCCGGUACCAAUGGCAACCUCUUAGAAGAUCAGCAACUCAGCAGAAAUGACGUGCCGAUUAUAGUGAACAGCUGUAUCGCAUUUGUUACGCAGUACGGUUUGGGAAGUAAACAUAUCUACCUGAAGAAUGGAGAUCCUUCAUCUGUGAGGGAGCUUUUGGAAUGUUUCAAAAAAGAUGCCAGAAGUGUUAAGCUGAGGGCUGGGAUGAACCGGCUGGAAGAUGUUACCGAUACAUUAAAAUGUUUUCUUUGUGAAAUAGACGAUGCACUACUGACCAAAGAACUUUAUCCUUUUUGGAUCUCAGCAUUAGAUACACUGGAUGACAAAGACAGGGUGAGAAAAUACAGCACCUUCAUUCGCACUCUUCCACCCGUCAACAAAGCAACUCUGGCUGCAUUAAUGGAACAUCUUUACAGGGUUCAGAAAUGUUCAGAAAUCAACCUGAUGGAGCCCCACAAUCUGGCGAUGGCUUUCUCCUCCUGCUUAUUUCAAACCAAAGGACAAACGAGUGAAGAAGUUGAUGUGGUAGAAGACUUAAUUGUAAAUUAUGUGCAGCUUUUUGAUAUUCAGCAAGAUCGUGUGAAGCAAAUGGACAUUGAGAACAGCUUCAUCACCAAAUGGAAAGACACGCAAAUUUCUCAGGCUGGAGACUUGCUAAUUGAAGUCUAUGUGGAAAGGAAGGAACCUGACUCCAGCAUUAUAAUAAGGAUCUCACCCACAAUGGAGGCGGAAGAAUUGACUCACGACGUACUGGGCAUCAAAAACCUCACCCCUCAUAAAGAUGACACAUGGACCACCUUUGAAGUUAUUGAAAAUGGAGAACUAGAACGUCCCUUGCAUUGUACGGAGAACAUCCUAGAACAGAUCCUUCACUGGAGUUCCCUGGCCAACCCCAGCAACGCUUCUCUUAUAAUAAAGAAAUUUCCAACCGUAGAACUUACGGGUGAAGGUGCCAAACAUUCAGGGAGCCCAUCGUCACCCAAGAUUAAUUCAGAGGAAACUUCCAAAGGUCCCGUCAAAGCUGGCUACCUGAAAUACAAAGAAGAACCCUCCAAGCUUCUGUCUGCCAAUAAAUUUCAAGACCGCUAUUUCGUUUUACGAGAAGGAAAAUUGUGGCUUUAUAAGGACAUGAAGAGCAGCAAGGCGGAGAAAGCGUUUCCUGUCAAAUCGUUGAAACUUUACCUCGGGGUGAAGAAAAAACUGAAACCCCCAACAAACUGGGGUCUAACGCUGCUAUCUGAAAAGCAUUAUUGGUAUUUGUGUUGCGAUGGACAGAAUUCUCAGCUAGAAUGGCUGAACAGCAUUUUUAUGGCUCAGCACAAUGCUAUGUGUCCAGCAAGCGGGAAGACAAGGAAACCAUCUAUUACAAAAAAUCCAAAAAUCGUUGGGCUGCCUUUAAUACCAAUUCAGCACCACCAAAGUAUGCCAAGAGCUAAAGCCAGCUUAGCAGAGAGUUCAAAACUGGAAACGGCGAGGGACUCAGCCGAGGAGAAGACCGGUAUAAAGGAACGAGUAUCGCGGGUUGUCCAGCAUAGAGAACGAAAGGAGGAAAAAACCUGGAACCAAGGCAGAAAGCAUCGCAGCCUGAUCUGUUUGGAGGACAUGGCUGAAGACGUUGUGAACUUGGACCGCAGGUCCUGCAAAGAAUACAAAUCACCAAGGAGAAAUGAGAGCAAAUCAAAAGAUGCUCCCUUGGAAUCGGAGAAGCAGCUGCCAGCAAAUGUUCUUCACGAACUGCACGCGGUCUUACAGAGGACCAGAGCUCUCCAUGACAAGACUUAGAAGCCCCUUCAGAUGUGGACAUCAAAGAAAUGAAUUAUUUUAAUGUACAGUGUACAUACUUUCAACGUAUUUAAAUGUAAAUGUUGAACUAAAAGAGACUGAGUGCUCUCUAUCAAUUUGGGAACCUUAAUAAUUCAGUACCGGUACUUUCCCCUCUCAGGAUCUACAUUUAUUUCCCAGAAUAAUGUUGGUCAACUGUCUGUGGAGAUUCUCAGUCGUCCAAAUCAUGGUGGUUCCAGAAAGGUGCUUUUUUUCGGAAGACAACUGGACUUUGUUCUUCCUUAAAGACGUUUUGCUUCUCAGCCCAGAAGCUUCUUCUGUCCUUUAUAACUGUUCUUUAAUUCUUUAGAACUGAAGAAGCUUCUGGAAUGAGAAGCAAAACGUCUUCCAGUAAAAACAAAGUCCAGUUGUCUUUCGAAAAAGCUCCUUUUUUGGGGACAAUGUUGGUCAACGUUUUUUCGCCUCGAUGGGAAAGUGACAAUCCAUUGCUUCUUAACAGGACAUUACUGAAUAUCAACAAAAAGUAUAGAAAUAGGACGUGAAAACAAUUCAAUAAUAUUGAUACAUCCUAUUUUUCUGGCUUCUAUGCACACUCUGAAGAUAACAUGGGGGCAAAUGGAUAGCGAGAUGGGCAGUGUAUAAAUUUAAAACAAAUAAAAUAAAAGAUAAGGCAUAAUCAUUUCCAAUGGGCAUUUAUCUCACCGAUAUUUGUCCUCCAAGUGGAAAAUCGGCGAACAGCUGUAGGUUGACAAUUCUGUUCUUGGUCAACCCCAGACUACAACCGUCACAAGCUCAGUUUGUUUAUACCAUCAUAGACCAAAGAUAGAAUUUAAAAUGCAAGGAUCAAGUAAUAAAAGAAGUUGAACGGAAGGAUGGAUGGACAAAGAAGGAAAUAGAAACAACAAGGUCCUUUCGAUCAGGCAUUUCCUAAUCUGAUUGCAGCUGGAUCAAAUUUAGUUAUUUUAUGGAGAAAAAAUAGGGAACCAAUCUCUUAUUAACAAACACACACACACACAUACAUAUUGGAGGUGGUUUUCAUCCGGUUCAGAGCGGUUCGUCCAAAUCGGUUCAGACCGGUUUGCCUGAACCGGUUCAGACCGGUUUGCCUGAACCGGUUCAGACCGGUUUGCCUGGACCGGUUCAGACCGGUUUGCCUGGACCGGUUCAGACCGGUUUGCCUGGACCGGUUCAGACCGGUUUGCCUGGACCGGUUCAGACCGGUUUGCCUGGACCGGUUCAGACCGGUUUGCCUGAACCGGUUCAGACCGGUUUGCCCGAACCGGUAGUGGAAAUCAUGGUUGGGCCUGCCCACCUGCCCAAGCUCAAUGCAUGUUUUUGAGGUUGGGCACAUGUGUGGAAGGCGCCUGAGUGAGCAAAGCACAUGUGCGGAAGGACAUGCACAUGCGUGAACGAGGCGCAUGCACGCUCACAUUUGCGAACCGGUAGGGAAAGUACACUUCCUCUGUUUUCAGACUGGUCCAUUUGCUCUGCGAGUAAGAUGGGAGAGGUAAAACAGAAUCAAUAGAUUUGAUUUAGAGGUGUAAACAAAAGAUCUCUGUGAAUAGGAAAUAAGGAUUCCUGGGAGAAAAUAAUAUUGUUCAAUAUUUUUUCCUCUACACAUGUUUUUUUUUUUGACUUCCAGUGAAAUAACAUCAUGGCAGAAUAGCAGAGUUGGAAGGGAUCUUGGAGGUCUUCUAGUCUAACCCCCUGCCUAAGCAGGAGACCCUACCGCCGUGAUGGCGAACCUAUGGCACACGUGCCCAAAGUAGCACGCGGAGCCAUGUCGCUUGGCACACGCAGCAUCGCCCGUUCCUCUUCCGGGUUUCUGGCAUGCAUACAGAUGAUCAGCUGGCUUUUUUGCAUGCAGCAGUGUUGGAAACUAGAAGAGCUAGUCUUCUGUUUUUCUGAGUGAGCGUGUAUACCGAUCAAUGGAUCGUCGCGUCCGCAUGCGCGCCAGAAACCCAGAAGAAUAGCUGGCUGGAACCGGAAGUUCAGUAGCUAAAACUGGAAGCUCAUUUUCAGGUGCGCGCAUGUGCCCUGGACAGCUCCUCUUCCGGGUUGCGGCCCAGACACGCGCAAAGCAUGUGGAUGUGCUCCCUUUUCGACAUUUGUGCUGUAAAUUUUUGCCAUAUAACUGCCCUACCAUUUCAGACAAAAGGUUAUCCAACGUCUUCUUAAAAAUGUCCAGUGUUGGAGCAUUCACAACAUCUGGGGGCAAGUUGUUCCACCUAUUAAUUGUUCUCACUAUCAGGAAAUUUCUCCUUAGUUCUAAGUUGCUUCUCUCCUUGAUGAGUUUCCAUCCAUUGCUUCUUGUCCCGCCUUCAAGUGCUUUGGAGAGUAGGCUGCAAAAUAUUUUUUUGCUUGAAAUACAGAUUUAUAAAACCUGACACUAAACGAUACAAUUUCUGCCUUUUGUGGUUAAUCAAUCUGACUUAAACUGACUAAAAAAACAACAACCCCAAAAACCUCGGAUUUAAAUCUUGACUCUUUCUGCUGGGAGAAUCCAACUGUGAACAAGUCAAUGGGAUUUAUGCUUUAUUUGUGAAUUAUGAAAUAAUGCUGCUAAAACUAUGCUGCUUUAUUGCAUUGUUUUUUUAUUAUUAUUUCUAGGUAACUGGUAGAAUCAGGGAAGAUCCGCAGGAGUUUUGUGAUGAAAUAAAGUGUUAAUUUAUUGUACAGACAAAUUUAUUGUACAUGUAAAUUAUCAAUGCAGAAAUGGCAACGGUUGCUUGCCACACCAGGUUGGGUGGGAGAUAUCAUCAGAUCAAGCAUGAAUGUGUGAAAUAAAAAGGAUCUUGUUAAAGCUAACUUGUCUCUAUCAGCAUCCGAAGGACAUGCUUCAAUCCGACCCAAUAGAAAUCAAAUAAAAACAAAUAAAUCAACUCUUAUGUGUCUCCAU